AUGGCUCCAUGGAGGGGGCAGCUGUUGUUAUGUUGCGUCUUGGCAUUUCUGCUUCCUCACACGCUCGGAAACGUCAUGAACGAAGCCAAGAUCUCGCGGCAUCUUCUCCAAGCUGAGAGUCUCGCGAACGCAGGCGGGGUCUGGCACUACAACGAUGCCGCUGCUCCAAUGGUGGACGACAAGUCGAUCAGGAUGGCUCGGCAGAUGGAGAUGGCUGACGCUGGUUCCGAUGCUCCCAGCGAGGCGGAGGAGGCUGCUGAGGCAAACGCUGACUACGAGGACCACAAGAAAGUGACCGCCGAGAUCGUCAAGAGGAUCACAGAGCCUUUCAAGGACAGGAAUCCUGUCUACUUCUUGUUAGAGGGCUUCAUGGUGUGCGGGGUUGUUAUCCUGGGGUUCUGGGUGUCAGAGAGGUUGUGGUUGAAGCAGAACCUCUCGCUGGCCUCGUUCUGGGACCCAGAGAUCGACAAGAGGAUGUACCCGCUCUUCUAG